AUGUACAAUAUCUUCUACCGAGUAUUGGCUGUGAACUCUGGUGAUACAGGUUGUGGUUUGGGAGAUAAUCCAGAUCCAAUGUUAAUGUUCAAAGAUGGGGCUGAUAUGAUAAUCAGUCGUGAAUUUGUAUCGGGGAGAGGUGAAAAAGAACGUGAAUUACCAUUUAAACAAACAGCUCUACAAAAAUAUCUCACAUAUACAGAUUCCGACAAAGAGAUACUUGGUUUGACCACAAGCACUGUUCAUAUUCCGACAUAUGGAGAUACGCUUCAGCUUGCCACAACAUUGCUAUUGCCAGGACUACCAGUAAUUUAUUAUGGAACUGAGAUUGAUGUAAACAGAGAAAGAGUUAUAAUGCCAAUGCCAUGGGGUUUUAAUGGGAAGAGGUUUUCGGCGACAAUAAAUUAUUCAAUAUUUCGUAACUAUCUCAAUAAUUAUAAUAACAAAAAUGUUGUUGAAAGUGAACUUGCUGAAGGAAAUGACAAAUCCGUUCUUCGUCUUGUUCAAAAAUUAGUAGCUUUACGUCAAAAUCCUAGUAUAAAAUGGGGAACAAUAGAGCAAAUAAAUAUUGACCAAGAAUCUGUAAGUCAUGCUGAAGCAUUUGCACGAAAGGCGAGAGGUUUUCCAACAUUCAUUGUGAUAUUAGUAAAGUAUUUCAAGGAGGAUUAUUUUUCAGAUCUAACUUCUGUUUGUUCAUCAAUUACACCAAAUGUAAUUUAUCCUUCACAUCCACAAUUAUUAGUUGACAAUGCAUUAUCAACUUCAAAAAUAUUCAUUCCUAAACUGAUAUAUUCUAGUUACAUUUUAGUAUUUGAAUGUAAUUAA